AUGGAGGCGACGGCCUUCCGCAUCUCCAUCACCUGUCGCCAAACGCGGCCGCGACAUGCGACGGCGACCUUCCGGCGCUCGGCCGCGGCCUGGAGCUACAACAUUACGCUCCUCCCGGGCGACGGCAUCGGGCCGGAGGUGGUCGGCGUCGCCAAGGACGUCCUCUCCGCCGCCGGCGCCAAGGAAGGCGUGGAGCUCCGCUUCCGGGAGAUGCUGAUGGGUGGCGCGGCGCUGGACGCCGUCGGGGUGUCGCUCCCCGACGAGACGCUCGCGGCGGCGCGGGCCUCCGACGCCAUCCUUCUCGGCGCGAUAGGAGGGUAUAAGUGGGACAGCAAUGAGAAGCAUCUCAAGCCUGAGACCGGGCUGCUCAACAUCCGUGCCGGGCUCGGCGUGUUCGCCAAUCUGCGGCCAGCCACGGUGUUGCCGCAGGAUAUAUCCCUACUUUUAGUAGAUGCAUCUACUUUGAAGAAAGAGGUGGCUGAAGGAGUGGACAUCAUGGUUGUUAGAGAGCUUACUGGAGGGAUUUACUUCGGACAACCUAGGGGUUUUGGUACCAAUGACGAGGGAGAGGAAAUUGGCUUCAACACUGAAAUAUAUUCAGUUUCUGAGGCUCCAAAUGCGCCCCAUUUACUUCACCUCUAG